UUUUAAUUCAAUUUUCGGAAAAGUUCAUUACCUUUAGGGUAUGAUCAACGAUAGGGUAUGAUAUUGCAAACGCUUUGAAGCGUUUUUUGGUCAGUUUGUAAAAUUCUUUCUUCUAAUUGAACGCUUCAAAGCAUUUAUAGCGAGACUUUGAUCACAGUCUUAGUGAUAGAAGUCUGCUAGAAAUACUUUAAAUCGACAAUUUUUUACAUGGUAACAUGUUUGUCAGGAUAAGUAUGAUGCAGUAUGAUGUGCUAUCGGUCUGGUGUAUGUGCAUGUAGUCACGUGGUCAAUCGCGCUUGUUUCUGCGCGCCAAAAUGCCACAUGUUCUGUGAUCUGACUGUCUAGGACAAUUUGUUCUGUUGUCACACUUGUCACAAACAUUAUUAAGAUUUUAAUUUGUUCCGAUAUAAAACUUUGUUUAUAAUAUGCAGUGAUAUAAUAUUAAAGAAAAACAGUAUUUGAAGUUAGCAAUAAGAUGUUAGUUACGUACCUAAAUAACUGUGCGAGGUUAUAACGCGUACGAAACGAGAAUGAAGCGAGGUAGUAUACCUUGUUUAUGUACAGAACUCAAUCUUGCUCUCACAUUGCACGGUGGCCAGAGUUUCAGAUGGACAGCUUGCGACAAUGGAUACAAAGGUAUCUUUAAUGGAUGCAUUUGGACUCUGUCUCAAAAUAAAACUCAUCUCUCGUAUACAGUACAAGGACAUUUAAAAGAUUCUGUAAACUAUGAUAAUAUCCUGUCUGAGUAUUUUAGAUUAUCAGUAUCAUUGAAAGAACAUUAUAAACAAUGGGCAAAAGCAGAUACACAUUUUCAAAAGUGUUUAGAUGAGAAUAAUGCUGUUCGAAUAUUAAAGCAAGAUGUUGUAGAGAAUUUAUUCUCAUUUAUCUGUAGCUCCAAUAAUAAUAUAUCAAGGAUAUCAAAUAUGGUUGAAAAAUUAUGUUCAUUAUUUGGUCGUAAAUUAUAUUCGACUGAAGAUACAGAAUAUUACGAUUUUCCAACGAUAGAAGCUUUGAAAGAAAAAGAUGUAGAAAGUAUAUUAAAAAGAGAAAAAUUCGGUUAUCGCGCUGCAUAUAUAGUUAAUGCAGCAGAACGUUUAUCAGCGUUGGGUGGGAGGGAUUGGCUUUUAAAUCUACAAAGAGAGAAUGUUUCUUAUCAUGCUGCCAGAGAACAACUAAUGACUCUGCCAGGAAUUGGUCCUAAAGUUGCCGAUUGCAUAUGCUUAAUGUCACUAGAUCAUUUAGAUGCUAUACCUGUUGAUACUCAUAUUUUCCAAAUAGCACAAGCAAAUUAUUUACCACACUUAAAAAAACAAAAGACAGUUACACCAAAAAUUCAUACUGAAGUAAGUAAUUAUUUACGAGAAUUAUGGGGUCCACUAGCUGGAUGGGCACAAGCUAUUGUAUUUUCUACAAAAAUCAAUACUAAAUCUAAAUCAAUUGAAAAGCAAAAACGCAAAAACAAUGAAAAUUUAGUACAAGCAAAAAUACUUAAGGUGAUAUGAUCGUUUAUGACAUUAUCAUUUUCACAAAUAAUUAAGUUAUGCAAAUUUUAUCUAAAUUUAUACAAAAAUCAUAUAUUAAUUGA